AUGGCGAAAAAAAAGAAACAAAUACAUUUAAAUAUAAUAGAUUUUCAAAAAUAUUAUCAAAAAGAUGAUUUAAUAAUACAACCAACACCAGUUAAUAAUACUAUAGAAGAAAAAAAAAAAAAAAAUUUUGAAAAAAAUGAAUAUGUACAGAAUAUUGAAUGGAGAACUACAGAAAGUACAGAUAAAAAAAUAAACAACAAAAUAAAUGAUGAUAAUAAUUUAUUUAAAAAUAAUAUAAAUGAUAAAAAUAAUUUUAAAAAAAGCGAUAGUACUAUAACAUUAGGGUCGAGGGGAAAAAACAAACUGACUGACGCGAAAGAAGAAGAUGUAGAUUUUGCCAAUCUUAGAAAUAAAAAAAAAGAAGAAGAUGUAGAUUUUGCCAAUCUUAGAAAUAAAAAAAAAGAAGAAGAUGUAGAUUUUGCCAAUCUUAGAAACAAAAAAAAAGAAGAAGAUGUUGAUUUUGCCAAUCUUAGAAACAAAAAAAAAGAAGAAGAUGUUGAUUUUGGCAAUCUUAGAAACAACAAAAAAGAAGAGGAUGCAGAUUUUGCCAAUCUUAGAAAUAAAAAAAAAGAAGAAGAUGUUGAUUUUGGCAAUCUUAGAAAUAAAAAAAAAGAAGAGGAUGCAGAUUUUGCCAAUCUUAGAAACAAAAAAAAGGAAGAAGAUGUUGACUUUGCCAAUCUUAGAAACAAAAAAAAGGAAGAAGAUGUAGAUUUUUCCAAUCUUAGAAACAAAAAAAAAGAAGAUGUUGAUUUUGCCAAUCUUAGAAAUAAAAAAAAAGAAGAAGAUGUUGAUUUUGCCAAUCUUAGAAAUAAAAAAAAAGAAGAGGAUGCAGAUUUUGCCAAUCUUAGAAACAAAAAAAAGGAAGAAGAUGUUGACUUUGCCAAUCUUAGAAACAAAAAAAAGGAAGAAGAUGUUGACUUUGCCAAUCUUAGAAACAAAAAAAAAGAAGAAGAUGUAGAUUUUUCUAAUUUAAGAAACAAAAAAAAAGAAGAGGAUGUCGAUUUUGGCAAUCUUAGAAACAAAAAAAAUGAUACUGAAAUAAAAAUUGAAAAACCAUAUCAUCUAAGAAGAUUAGAAGAAUUAAGAAUACAAAAACAAUUGAAAAGGCAAGAAACAGAGAUUUCGCAAAAUGGGAAACUAGAGGAAAAGAUCAAGACGGAUGAAAAAAAAGAGGAUGAAAAAAAAGUGGAAGAAAUAAAAGUGGAAGAAAAAAAAGAGGAAGAAAAAAAAGAGGAAGAAAUAAAAGUGGAAGAAAUAAAAGUGGAAGAAAAAAAAGAGGAUGAAAAAAAAGAGGAAGAAAUAAAAGUGGAAGAAAAAAAAGAGGAAGAAAUAAAAGUGGAAGAAAUAAAAGUGGAAGAAAAAAAAGAGGAUGAAAAAAAAGAGGAAGAAAAAAGAGAUGACAUAAAAGAGGGCGAAAAAAGAGAUGACAUAAAAGAGGGCGAAAUAAAACCAAAGGAAAGCGCAAAAGCAGCGGUCGUAGCUGAAAAAAAUGAAAUAGAUGGUAAUAAUGAAAAAAAAAUGGAAGAGACUCCAAAAAAAAAAUACGUACCUAAAAGAGUAAUAAUGUAUCAAGAAGAAUUGAAAAAAAAAGAAGAAGAAUUAAAAAAAAAAGAAGAAGAAAGAAAAAAAAAAUUGGAAGAACAAAAAAAACUAAGAGAAUUAUCUAAACAAAUUAAAAGCCAAACGAGUGAUGGAUCAAAUGUGUUCAUACCCUCUGCUAAAUUAUUACACUUAGAGAGUUUAAAGGAAGAUAAAAAGGAAACAAAAAUAGAAAUAAAAAAAGAUUCUAAAAGUGUUAUUACUACUCCUGGAAGUAAAAAAGAUGCAACAAUCUUAAACAAACACAAAAGUGGCGAAAAAAAUGUAAAAAAUAUAUUUUUAGAAAUAGCUGAAAAAACUGAAAAUGCUAAAAUUGUAGAAAAAAUGGAUAUAGAAGAAAUUGCAAAAAAAAAAAGAGAAGAAUUAUAUAAAAAACAAUUAGAAAAAAUCACUAAAAUCAAUGAAGAAAAUACUAAAUAUAAUAAUAUAUAUAAGCAUGAUAUAAAUAUUAUUAAGUCAUUUUAUAAUCAGAUUAAAGAUAAAAUUUUACAAAACGAUUUAUUUACUGAAGAUGAUACUGUUAACAUUUGUGCUAUUCUGAAAACAGAUGAAUGUAACUAUUUGGAAAGUCAUGUUCCUUUUUACGUGGCUAUAUCUGUUUUCAUUUUAAGCCUCCCACAAAAAUUGGAAGAUGAUAUAUAUAUAAAAAGAGCUAGUCACUUGAAAAAUCUACUUUUUUAUCUAAAACAAAAUAGCAAAAUUGAAAAUCACGACGAUUAUAUAUUAAAUGACAUAAUCAAAUUAUGUGAUGAAUUAAAAUACCCACACUUAUCAGAUGAAACAACAUUAUUGGAAGCAAUUUUUGAUUGCUUAUUAUUUUGUGGAAUCAUUUCAAAGGAUGCAUUUAUAAAAUGGUUUAUGGAUGACAAUUUAGACUCAGAAUUAAAAAGCAGAGCCAUGUUACAGCUAAUAUACUGGAGCAAUUGGCUAAAAGAUGAAAUGAAUGAAGAAGAAUAUGUAGAAGAAGAUCCAGAAGAACAGAUAGAAGAAAAAACUGUUGAAGAAGAUGAUAUUGAAAAGAAUGUACCCAAGAACUUUAUUUUUAGAAAAAUUAAAAAAAAAUUUCUUUAA